UCAUCUCGUACCCAAUUGGCAACUGGACCUUCCACCAGAAAUGGUCUAUCGGGUUCAAUAGCAUCGUCGCAUUUGAUCCCGCGCAUGAGGAAUUUCUCCACUGCGCCAGUUGAUUCCAAUAUGAACCUAAAGUACACCAGUCCAGAUAUCCACAGGGCUUUCAUUGCCCUGGGAAGCAAUGUCGGAGACCGAGUAGAAAUGAUUGAGCAAGCUCUUCUUGAAUUGGACCGACUUGGUAUCAAAGUGAAAAGAACAAGCUCACUGUUCGAAACUGCCCCAAUGUAUGUGCUUGAUCAAGACCCAUUUAUCAAUGGUGUAUGCGAGGUCGAGACCACCCUUGCACCUCUGGAUCUUUUGGACACUAUCCAGUCCAUUGAGAUUGCACUGGGCAGAAAGAAGCUCAUCGACAAGGGCCCACGCUCAAUUGACUUGGACAUCCUACUAUAUGACCAAGAAGUCUUCUCCCAUGAGCGUCUCAACAUCCCGCACAAGCUGAUGCUGGAGCGAGACUUCGUAUUGCGCCCUCUGAGCCAAUUAAUCCCCAAUGAAUACCCUCCGCUACCAGGAAGAGACACCCAAACAUACAGUGCACAUCUACAAGCCCUGCCACCGCCAAACCCAACCCCAGUCUCCACAACCCCAAUCUCACCAUCCUUCCCAUCCCUGCACGCAACAGACCCUAAGCGCAGCACCCACAUAAUGGCAAUCCUCAACCUAACCCCAGACUCCUUCUCCGACGGCGGCAAACACUCCCCGACAGACCUAACCUACAUAACAAAAACAGUCCACGACUUCAUCGCCGCCGGCGCAACAAUCAUCGACAUCGGCGGCGAAAGCACCCGCCCAGGCUCAACACCCAUAGGCGCAACAGAAGAAAUCGCCCGCGUCGUCCCAGCCAUCCGCCACAUCCGCACCACCAUCCCCGAAGCCGCAAACAUCGCCAUCAGCAUCGACACCUACCGCGCCAGCGUCGCGGAAGCAGCCUGCGCCGCAGGUGCAGAUAUCGUCAACGAUAUCUCCGCCGGCCUCCUCGAUCCGGACAUGCUACCCACAGUCGCACGGCUGCGCAAGUCCAUUAUCCUGAUGCACAUGCGCGGUACGCCGCAGACCAUGACGACCCUGCUAGACUACCCUGCCGGCGUUAUCCCGGCGGUAGCUGCUGAACUGGGGUCGCGCAUUGCGGCUGCGGAAGAGGCGGGGAUCAGGCGGUGGCGCAUUAUUCUCGAUCCUGGACUUGGGUUUGCGAAGGUCCAGCCGCAUGAUUUGGAGAUCUUAAGGGAGUUGCCGAGGUUACGGGAAAUGCCUGGACUUGAGUGUUUCCCGUGGUUGAUGGGGCCGAGUCGGAAGAGAUUUAUUGGGCAUCUUACUGGUGUCAAGACGCCGAGGGAGCGUGUUUGGGGUACGGCUGCUACUGUCUCGGCUAGUGUGGCUGGUGGGGCGGAUAUUGUUCGUGUUCAUGAUGUCCGGGAGAUGUGGCAGGUUGCGAAGGUUGCGGAUGCUAUCUAUCGCGUUUGA